AUGGAGACUUCGUUACCCCGCGGGUGGAAGCCCCUCCACCUCGACCGCUACGACGGCACUACGGACCCCGAUGAGCACGUCGACGCGUACACGACUCAGGUAAACCUUUACACUAACAGUGACGCUAUACUGUGCAGGGUCUUCCCGACCUCGCUUAAAGGACCCGCGCUCCAUUGGUACACCCAACUGCCGGCAGGGUCCAUUGACAGUUUCGCCACCUUGGUGCGGCGGUUCACGGCACAGUACGCCACCAGCCGACCUCACCACACAACCUCGGCCGCCUUGGCCAACCUCAGACAGAAUGACGACGAGCCCCUACGGGCCUUCAUGGAGCGCUUCUCUAACAUAUCAGUCCGGAUCCGAAAUCUAAACCCGGAAGUCGCCCUACACGCCAUGCUCAUGGCACUGAAACCCGGAUCGUUCGUCGACAGCCUAUGUCGCGACGCCCCUCGCGAUAUGGACGAACUGCGCGCCCGCGCCGCCGGCUACAUUCAAAUGGAGGAGCACGCGGCCUUCCGCGACCAGGUUCGCGGUAAGGGCCCCGCUAAACCAGAACAGGGCCACAAAGACAAGGUUAAAGUCAACAACGACAGCCAAUUCAAGAAGUCAGCCAGGACAAACAGAGCCGGGAGGUACGACUUCUACACCCCUCUGAACGCCCCAAGAGUCCACAUUUUGGAGGAAGCCAGUAACAGCAACCUGCUAGACCUCCCACCACCCGGCCACACACCAAACAGUGCUGACAAGUCCAAACACUGUCGGUAUCACAGAAACUAUGGCCAUACCACAGACGAGUGCCGCACACUCCGGGACCGCAUCGAGGAACUCAUCCAGGCAGGACACCUCGGCCACUACAUUCAGCGACAGCCAGGCUCCCGAGGUGGCUCCGGAGGCCGGGGACGCGGGAGAGGCCGCGGAUCAGGAGCUCGGGGGGACCUACCCACAGGACCUCAGCAAAACGCCAAUGGCGCAGUACAGGCUGAAAUAAGCCAGGAGACCGAACCAGCCCCCCUGCGGGGAAUAAUCAACACAAUUGCAGGCGGCUUCGCCGGAGGAGGUGCCAGCAGCUCAGCCCGAAAAAGACACCUCCACAGUAUCAACUGCGCCCAUUCCACUGCCUCGAUCCCCUACAAGAGCUCACCACCAAUCUCUUUCUCCGACGAGGACUACGCAGGGAUCAGCCCCAAUCAGGAUGACCCCAUGGUCAUCGGGGUAGAAAUUGCAAACUGGGAAGUCCAAAAGACACUCAUCGAUCAGGGGAGCUCGGCAGACGUCCUGUAUUGGCCAACUUUCCUCAAGCUCGACGUCCCUCACUCUCUCAUCCAGCCGCAUACAGAGCCCCUAGUUGGCUUCGCCGGGAGGCCGACCUUAAAUCAUCUCGGCGCGGUGGUGUCCACCCCGCACCUCACCAUGAAGUUCCCAGGAAAGGACGGAAAAAUUAUCUCCGUCAGAGCAAACCAGAAGACAGCUCGGCAAUGCUACGCCGAAAGCCUGAGGAUCUCCGCGUCCGGCAAGGAGGGCAAGAAGAGUCCCCCCACUACAUGCCCCUAA